GUCUCGCUGACGCUCCCGGAAGCCAUUGCUGGGGGCGGCGAAGGAGGAGGCGGUGUGUGUAAAACCCGGGCCUGGCCCUGCUGGCACCAGCGGCGGCCACCGCCCCCGGCCAAAAGGAGUCCCCCCCCCCGUCAGAGUGAAGACAGCCCAAGUCCCAAGAGACAGCGCCUUUCUCAUUCAGUCUUUGACUACGCAGCAGCCUCACCAGCCCCAUCACCACCAAUGCGACCAUGGGAGAUGACAUCAAAUAGGCAGCCUCCUCCAGCUCGAUCAAGCCAACAUCACUUCUCAGGGGAACGAUGCAACACACCGGCGCGCAACAGAAGAAGCCCUCCUGUUAGACGCCAGAGAACAAGAAGAGAUCGAUUGUCUCGACAUAAUUCCAUCAGUCAAGAUGAAAACUACCAUCUCCCCUAUGGACAGCAGCAAGCAAUAGAAGAACCGCGAGCCUUCCACCCGCCGAAUGUAUCACCCCGUAUGUUGCACCCAGCUGCUCAUCCACCACAGCAGAAUGCAGUGAUGGUUGACAUUCAUGAACAGAUCCACCAGGGGACAGUCCCGGUAUCGUACACCGUGACCACAGUGGCACCACAUGGUAUUCCACUUUGCACAGGCCAGCACAUACCAGCUUGCAACACGCAGCAAGUCCCAGGGUGUUCUGUGGUUUUCAGUGGACAGCAUCUCCCUGUGUGCAGCGUGCCUCCCCCAAUGCUUCAGGCAUGUUCUGUUCAACACCUACCAGUUCCAUAUGCGGCAUUCCCACCCCUUAUUUCUAGCGAUCCGUUCCUUUUGCAUCCUCCACACCUCUCCCCGCAUCAUGCUCCACACCUGCCACCUCCAGGCCAAUUUGUUCCCUUCCAAACACAACAGUCGCGGUCGCCUCUUCAAAGGAUAGAAAAUGAAGUGGAGUUGCUUGGAGACCAUCUACCUGUAGGGGGCUUCACCUAUCCACCUUCUGCCCAUCCACCAACAUUGCCUCCAUCGGCCCCUCUGCAGUUCUUAGCGCACGACCCUCUACACCAAGAGGUGUCCUUUGGAGUACCUUACCCACCGUUUAUGCCUCGAAGACUUACGGGACGCAACCGAUAUCGAUCCCAACAGCCCAUACCGCCGCCUCCUUACCAUCCCAGCCUGUUGCCAUAUGUGCUAUCAAUGCUUCCAGUGCCACCUGCAGUUGGACCUGCCUUCAGUUUCGAGUUGGAUGUAGAAGAUGGGGAGGUGGAAAACUACGAGGCACUGCUGAACUUGGCAGAAAGACUGGGAGAGGCCAAACCAAGAGGACUGACAAAAGCAGAUAUCGAGCAACUUCCGUCUUACAGGUUCAACCCAAACAACCACCAGUCAGAACAGACUCUGUGUGUAGUGUGCAUGUGUGAUUUUGAAUCCAGGCAGCUACUUAGAGUUUUGCCGUGCAACCACGAAUUCCAUGCCAAGUGUGUCGAUAAAUGGCUUAAGGCAAAUCGUACCUGCCCCAUCUGCAGAGCUGAUGCUUCAGAAGUACAUCGUGAUUCAGAAUGACCAGUCUAAGAGCACAAUUCUACUUUGGGUGUUCCUAGUCACAUGUGUAUAUAUAUAUCUAUAUGAACUCUCCAUUGAACUUAA